AUGAAUGUAGAAGAUAAUUCAUUAAAAUAUUUUAAUAAUCUUAAAAAAUAUGAAGACCAUGUAAGUAAUAAAAGUAUAGGCUCCAAUACAAAAUCGGAGAAGAUAUCAAAGAAGAAAAAAACAAAAAAAAAUAGAAAUAAUGAUAAUGUAGAUGAAGAAAAUGAUUCAAAUGAAUCAUUUAAUGAUAAGUCUAAUUUAAGUAAUAACUCUAGUGAAAGCUUUUUAAGCAUAUCUGAUGAUACAUCAUCUUAUGCAAGCUCAUUUUAUAGAACGGAAUCAAAACAUGAUAGAACUUAUAAAACACCGAAAAAAUAUAAUAAGAAAUUAAGAAAUAAUUCUCUUGAUAUAAAUUCAGGGGAAUCAGAUAAAGACAUGUCAUCUGAUUUUAAAUCAUCAAAUAAAGAAUGUAAACAAAAAUAUUUAAAUAAUAUUCUAAAUUUAAAUAAUUGUAACUGUUCGAAUAUUCAUACUCCUUUUGAAAAUCAUUUCGAAAAUUCUGAAAAUGAAAAAAUUAAAUAUAAUAUUUUGCAUGAAUGUAAUAAAAAUGGCGAUGUGUAUAAUUCUCGUAUAGAUAACGUGAACAAUUUAAGCGAGUAUUCAUCGAACAAAUUAAAUUAUGAUUAUAAUAGAAAUUCUUCAAAAAAUAAUGAUAAAAAUAGUUCUUAUGAAAAAGAUGCCUCAAAAAAUGAUGGCAUGAGCCAUAGGGGUAGUAAUACUUUAAAGCAGCAUGAGGAUUAUGUAAAUGUAAUGAAUAAGGUAAAUAAUUAUGUAUUAAACAAUAAUAAGAAAAAUGAACAUGAUGUGAAGAAUGAUACUAAUAAGGAUGCUAUUAAUAAUAACAACGUUGAUCAUCAAUAUAUUGAUGAUACUACUACUAAUAAUAACAACAAUAGCAACAACAACAACAACAACGACAAUAAUAAUAAUAAUAAUAAUAAUAAUAAUAAUAGUGAUGAUGAUGAUCUAUAUUCGGUUAUUAGCGGAUCAGAUAUCGGAAAUAUGCUCUUGAAUGAUAAGCACACAUAUAAUAAAACAAACAUUAAACUAAAUAAUAUUCGUCAUAAGGAUAAUAAAAAAUUUAAUUCAGUUACAAGUAGGAGCUUUCACAAAGUAGGUCAAGAUAAUACCUUUAAUAGCGUUAAUUCAAACAAAAUAAAAAAAAUGAAAUGUCUUGAUGAAAUUAUAAAUUGCCAAAAUGAAAAUAGAGAAAAACGAUAUAGUACUAAUAAUAUAAGUUAUAAUAAUGUAGGAAUACAUAAUAAUAAUAAUAUGUCUUGUAGUAUACGAAAUGAUUAUGAAUUUAAAAAAUUGAUUUCUUCUACUAUUAAUACAUGUUAUCCCAAAAUAAAAAGUAACAAUGAUUCUGAUGACAUUUUGAAUAAUAUGGAAAGAUUAUCACAAAUUGUAAUAACAGGUGAAAAUGAAUCUGUAAAAAAAGAAGAAGGGGAUAGUUCUAAUAAUAGUUUAUAUGAUGAUGUAGACAAUAUAUUAAAUAUUAGAAAUAAAAUAUAUAUUGAAACAAGAGAGAGGAAUUUAUUAAAUGAAAAGAAAAAAAAAAACUAUUCCUUAGAUACUUCUGUAAAAAUAAAUACAUUAACAAAAAAUGAUAAUAAAGAAAAAUAUAAUAUAACUAUAAAUAAUAAUAAUAAUAAUAAUAAUAACAUAAAUGAAAAUAUUGGAAAUAACAAUGUUCAAUGUGAUGAUCGGAAUAAUAGUAAUAAUUUUAUGAACAAAUCAUCCCUAAUGACUAAUGAGAAAUUACAAUUUUUAAAACAAUAUGAAGAAAGAUUAUUAAGAAAUGAUAAAUAUUUAUAUGAAUAUGGAUAUUAUUUAAAUAAACAUAUGAUAGAAAUAAAUGACAAUAUUAAUAAAUUAAGUAAUCAUAAUAGUGACUAUGCACAAAGGAAUAUAUGUACAAAAAAUAUUAUAAAUCUUAUACCAAGUCUACAUAAUAUUUAUGAGAAUAAAAAUCUGUGUUAUAUUAAAGAUUGUCCAAAUUUUAGUGAAAUUGCAAAAAUUAUACCUCAAUGGAAAUAUUCCUUUGAAGCUUUAAAUACAAGAGCUCAUGAAGAUACAAGAGAUAUGAAAAAUAUUCUUAAAAGAAUAGAAAAUAUGAAAAAAGAUUUAGAUACAUUACACAAAGAUUUAAAAGAAGAUAAAAAUGAAUUUGAAAGAAUUAAAUUUGAAACUAUUCAACAUGAUGAUAUGAUACGUACAAUGGAAAAUAAAACAAAGUUACAUAUUAAAGGUGUUCUCAAAUUAGAUAAUAUAUCCUUUAAAUUAAAACGCAUACAUAAUAUACCAAGAAAUAAUUUAUAUAAUUAUAAUAUAUCGGAAACGUUACACAGGUUAUUAAAAUUUGUAGAUAAUAAUAAUAAUAAUAAUAAUAAUAAUAUUAUUUUUAAUAAUAUUAAUAUAUUAAAUUUAACAGAUACAUUUCCUGAACAUAGAAAUAUAGAUAUAUUAAGAUUUCAAAAUUUAGAUAAUAACUUAAAUUAUGUUAAUAAUCCAGAUGAAGAAUGUUCAUUUAUUAUGUCUUUAUUAAAUGAAGAAUUAAAACAAAUGUUAAUGGAGAAAAAAGAAAAAAUGCAAAAUAUUAUUAGAAGAACACAAUUAUUACAUAUUCUAGAUAUAAAUACAUAUAAAGAUCAUAUUAAUAAUACCUUAAAUAAACAUUCUAUACUUAUAAAUCAAAUAAAAGCCAAUUUACAAAAUAAUCUAAUUUUAUUAUAUGAUAUAUAUGAUAUGUAUAUUAAGGGCAAUUUCAGAAUUAUAAAAAUAGAAGAUAUAUAUGUAAAAAGUUUUUUAAGUGAAGAUAUCAGAAAAAAACAUAUCAUAAAAACAUUUAAUGAUAAUAAGAAAAAUCGAGAGAAAUAUUUUAUGACUGUUAAUUUUACAAGGAAUAAACCAAUUGCCCAUCCCUUUUUUAUAUAUCAUUGUUUAAGUGAAAAGUUUGUAAAAAAUUUUGUUUCGUUUGUUUUAGAGCCAUUGUCUGAACAAAAUUAUAAAAAUUUUAUGCAAUAUUGUUCUAUACCUGGAUUUAAUUCUGUAUUAUUUUCACAAAGAGUAAUUGUGUUAUAUAGAAAGGAGGAACAUUUUUCAAAAAAAGAAAGGUUGUGUGAUAUCAUGUCUGCAUAUAGUAACAUAUGUUUAUCCGAAUAUAAUAACUUGAUGAAAGCGUAUAAUAAUUAUGUAUUAAAUAAUGAUCAUAAUAUAUUGAAUAAUACAAACAUUAUAAAUAGUAGUAAUAUAUUGAGUAAUACUAAUACUUUAAAUAAUAAUAAUAAUAAUAUUAUAAAUAAUAUUAAUAUAAUAAAUAAUAACAAUUAUAUAAAUAAUAAUAUAUUAAGUCAUAAUAAUAUGACGCCAAUUGUUAAUCACCAAAUUACAAAAUCCAAAGAAGAUAAUGAAUAUUUAAUUUCUCUAAGAACUGCUUCUCAUCAAUGUUUUAAAUCAAUAAUAGAAAAUCAUAAUUUAGAUGAAUACUUUUUUUUGAACUCAAAAAAUUCUUUUAAUUUAAUACAACAUAUACCAGAUUCUAUAACAAAUAUGUGUAACACAUAUGCUGCUAUAUGUUAUGAAGGUAUUAAUAAUAAUCAAGGUAUAAUUUUAGGUAUUAAACCAUAUGACAAUAUAAACAAAAUUAAUAAUGUACCCACAUUUGUUAAUAUGUCUUCAGCUCCUAAUACAAAUAAUAUAUUUAAUACAAAUGCAUUAACAGCUAAUAAUAUAUUUCAUAAAAAUAACGUAUUCGGUACAAAUACAUCUACUAAUUUUUUUGGUACAAAUAAAAACAGCACGCUAAAUCCUAUACCAACCACUUCAACGGGGGGUACUUUUAAUAGUAAUAUUUUUAGUAGUGGGACUUCAAAUAUAUUUGGUACGAAUAAUAAUACGUCAACAAAUAUGUUUAAUAAUAAUAUGACAAAUAAUGUUUCAACAAAUAUAUUUGGAACUACCAAUACACAAUCAAGUUCUUUGUUUAAUACAGGAGGGACUAACAAUUCGUUAAUAGGUACAACAGCUAAUACAUCUUUUAGCGCAUUAAAUAAUAAGAAUACAUUGAAUAAUAUGAAUACAAUGAAUAAUAUGAAUACGUUGAAUAAUAUGAAUACAAUGAAUAAUAUGAAUACAAUGAAUAAUAUGAAUACAUUGAAUAAUAAUAUUAUAAGUAGUAGUAGUAGUAGUAAUAUAUUUAAUAAGGACAAAUUAUUUGGAAGUAGUGGAACUCCCAAUAUAUUUAAUAAUAAUAACACAUUAAGUAAUACAGCUAAUACCUUUGGAUCUACUACAAAUACGUCCAAUAUUUUUAGUAAAAAUAUAACAAAUUCUACUUCUGGCAACCUUUUUGGAAAUGCUGGUACAACAAAUAAUAUGUUUAAUACAACGAACAAUAAUUUGUUUAAUAAUAAUAAUAUAAACAUGAUGGGUAGUAGUGGAUUUCCAAACAGAAGCACUAAUACUUCUAAUUUAUUUGGUUUAACAACAACAAAUAAUAAUAAUAAUAUGACAAAUAAUAUUUUAAAUAAAAAUUCACAAAACGUUUCGAGUAAUUUAUUUGGUAAUAAUAAUAAUAGUAGUAAUAAUAUAUUUUCUUCUAUGAAUACUUCUUCACAAGGAAAUAAAAUAAACACUUAUGAUAAUAAAAGUUUGUUUUCUUCUAAUUUAAAUAAUAAUACUUCAUCUAUGUUAAAAGACAACAAUUUUCCUUCAUGGGGAAAUAAUAAGAAUCAAUUGAUGAACAACAAUUCGUUUGUUUCAAAUAAUUUAAAUACAUCAACAUUUACUUCUAAUAAAUUUGGCAUGAAUACACAAAAUAAUAACAGCAAUACACUAUUUAAUAAUAAUAAAUCAGGUGUUAUUGGAGUGGGUAAUAAUUAUGCUAACAUAAUGGGAAAUAGUAUGAGCAAUACAAACAAUAAUAAUAAUAAUAAUAAUAAUGUGAGUAGUAGUAGUUCCAGUCUUUUUUCAAGUAAUAAUAUGUUUAAUACAAAUUCAAAUAAUAAUAAUAUGUUCGGUUCAAAAAAUGGUUUAUUAGGAACAAGUAAUAAUAAUAAUAAUAAUAUGUCCAAUAAUUUAUUAUUAAAUAAUAAUACAUCUAACAAUAAUAUAUUCAAUAAUAAAUUAUUUCAAAAUACAAAUAAUAAUUUUAUAUCAGGAACCAAUACCAAUAUAACAAAAAAUACAUUUAGUAUGAAUACGAAUAUGCCAAAUAAUAAUAUAUUUCAAAAUAAUAACUUUUCAAUGAAUAAAAAUGUAUCACAGAUAUCCAACUUUAACAAUAUAUCGUCAAAUAAUAAUAAUAAUAUAUUUCAACAGAAAAAUACCACAUCCAAUUUUAACUCGGUCUUUAAUUCAUCAAACAAAAAUACAUUAUUUUCACGAUAA